UCUUGCAAAAAGAAAAGGUAUGUCAAACAUCCAGAACCAUCAAUUUGCUCCUACAAACCCAGAGCAGAUUGCAAUCACUUUCUGGCAGACUUUUUGGAACAACACCGGUUCACCACUUACUUGUGAAAGAAUGGAGCGUAACAACACACACCGUAACAACAGUCAGCGAAGCCCAUCAAUGAGUGAGCAGCCCAGUUCUCAGAGAGCCCAGACUGGGUCCCUACAGACCACAGAGUACAGAGAGAACUUCAUUGAUCCAAGAAGUUAUAAGACUUUGGUCUUACCCGCAACAAAGACAGACCCCUUCAAUCCACUGGCAGGCACAAAAUACACACCAACGACCAAUUUUAGGAAAAAAUCUGUCUGCUUAAAACAGAUGAAAGUCCCACCAGAGUCCCCAGAGACCCCAGGGCCAUUUUGGCCACUAGAGGCCCCAAUGCCAUCUUUGCCACCAGAGGACCAAGAGCCAUCUUGGUUGCAAGAGGCCCCAAAGCCAUCUUUGCCGGCAAAGUACCAAUUGCCACCUUGGUGGCCAAAUUCCCCAGCCUCACCUCGAUUCAGGACCACUUACAAAUCUGAUUUUGUGGCGCAUCCACUGCAGCCCAGGCAGAGCCCUUGGAAAAUAUCUUCCACUCUUUGCCUAAAUUGAUAUGGAUGGCUUCCUUUUCCUCCUGCAUCAUCACUUUACCCCACCUCCUUCAUCCUUGUUCUUUCUGUUCUUCAUUCUUGCAAAUGAUCAUCAUGUUUCCAUCUCGCAAGACUUUUUAACUCUUUUUUUAACACUUUUUAAGCUCACCUACUUGAUAUUUUAAUAUUGGGGUUAACUUUACUGGACUCCAUUUUCCCCUAGUAUCCCCAUGCUCUUUGUGG